AUGGAACAAGGCCUAAAUGCGCCGCCGCCGCCCCAUGUUCUCAUUUUUCCCUUCCCGGCUCAGGGACAUGUCAACUCCAUGCUCAAGCUAGCCGAGCUUCUUGCCCUUGCCGGCAUCCACGUCACCUUCCUCAACACAGAUCACAACCACGAUCGCCUCGUGCGUUACACCAACGUCCUAGCCCGUUUCGCAUGCUUUCCUGGAUUUCAAUUCAAGACCAUCCCCGACGGCCUUCCGGCCGAAAACCCACGAGCCGGCGACCACUUCAUGGAGAUGUUUGGUACCUUAAAAUCGGUAACUAAGCCUAUAUUUAGAAAGAUACUGUCUUCGGGUCAAUCAAAUUCAAAUACUAGUAGACGGCCAGUGAGUUGCAUCAUAGCUGAUGGGAUCUUGAGCUUUCCUAUUGACGUCGGCGACGAACUUGGCAUUCCCGUCAUUCAUUUCCGUACCAUCAGUGCUUGCUCCUUCUGGGCUUACUUUCGCAUUCCAGAUAUAAUUGACGCCGGCGAGCUUCCUAUCAGAGGAAAUGGAGACAUGGAUCGCCUUAUAACCAGCGUGCCAGAUAUGGAAACUUUUCUCCGGUGCCGAGACCUCCCGAGUUAUUGCCGAGUCAGCGACCUGGCAGACCCGAAUCUCCAACUCGCUGCUGAUGAGACCAGACAAUCCCCCAGAGCCCGUGCUCUCGUACUCAACACGUUUGAAGAACUCGAAGGACCUGUACUCUCCCAUAUACGCACUCACUGUCCCAAAAUAUAUACCCUUGGACCCCUCCAUUUACUCUUGAAACUCAAACUUGGAUACAAAACGACCACGUUGCACUCUCAGUCCUCGAACAGCCUCUUCGAAGUGGACAGAAGCUGCAUGACGUGGCUUGACGCUCAACCAUUGAACUCUGUAAUCUACGUCAGCUUUGGAAGCAUUACAAAAAUGACAAAGAAGGAGCUGAUGGAGUUUUGGUAUGGUUUGGUUAAUAGCAAAAAGCGGUUCUUGUGGGUAAUACGGCCGGACAUGGUGGACGGAAAAGAUGGGGACGGUCAGACUCCGGCGGAGCUGGUGGAGGGGACGAAGGAGAGGGGGUACAUGGUGGGUUGGGCCCCACAAGAGGAGGUCCUGGCCCACCCGGCCGUUGGUGGGUUUUUCACCCACAGUGGGUGGAACUCAACCUUGGAGAGUAUAGUGGCUGGGGUUCCCAUGAUUUGCUGGCCUUACUUUGCGGAUCAGCAAGUGAAUAGCAGGUUUGUGAGUGAGGUUUGGAAGCUUGGGAUGGACAUGAAGGAUGUCUGCGACAGAGUUACUGUGGAAAAGAUGGUGAAUGAUCUGACGGUGGAGAAGAGGGAGGAGUUUCUAAAAUCAACGGUUAAGAUGUCUAGGUUGGCCAGAGAAAGUGUGAGUGAGAGUGGAUCCUCGUAUUGCAAUUUCGAGCGUUUGAUCGAGGAUAUAAGGUUGAUGCGCCAGGGUGCUAAAUAAUAUCUUCAACCAAUAAGGAUUGACAUCGUUUGGGCGUUGGUUAGUUCUCCAAUAAGCUAGUUUAGCAUAUCGAGUAAUGUUAUAAGUUUUUUUUUAUUAUUUUUGUGCCUUUUUAAGAAUGUUUGUGAUUGAUUAUUCUUGGAAGGAUACAAAAAUAAUAUAAGAGAAACUUGUAAAAUUACUCUGGUAUCCUAAUCCACAAAUAAAUAAAUAACACUGCUUCUAAGUUUUAAGGAUCAUUUUGCAUUUUUGGUUUUAGGUGUAAUUUCACAAAGUAAUUUUUAAAAACUCAUCGGGAGGGCUUGGCUAUAAUAGUUAGUCAUCAUAAUAUUAGUUUGUUGUAUUUGUUAGGCCCAUUUCAAUUAUAAGAGUUGUUGCUUUGUUUGCUAGCUUAGGGGCUAUGUGUAUAUAUAUAAGGCCCAUGAGGCCAUGAGUAUGGUUGUGGA